UAUAAUGGAUAAAAAGCGGCCUAAAAAUUGUGAAAAUGGUUGACGAAAAGUCCAAGAAGAAUUGUUCGAAUACAUUCCAAAUAAAAUGAAAUACAGGAAUAAGUGCUACAGCUGAAAGUGUUCCAAAAAACAGUGCAAUAUAGAAAUCGCAACAACAGCAAAGGAAACACGCUUCUGAAAAAGUUAAAAAUCAAAACAAAAUCAGUCCAAAAAUUGAUAAAUUAUCUGCAAUAAUUACCAAUACAUAUCGUAUACACACAUGCAUAUGCUAAAUACUACCACAAAGCUGUUGUAAAUAUUUUCACAAAUAUUGGAAAACUACAGAAACAGCAUUGUCCCACUGUACAUAAAACGAAACCUAAAAGAAAAACAAAGAAAAUUCGAAAAUCUAUAUAAAUAAAACCACUAUCCAUAGCGGGACUAUCAUUCAGCAUUGCUGGGCUGCACUACAAUAUAUCCACAUAUUACCCAUAAAUACUAUAAACAAUCCACCCGUACUACUCCCCGUUCAUUCUUUUAUGCAUAUUUUUAUGUCUUCCUCCCAUUGUUUUUUUGAAUCUUGGGAAUUGGAUUGUUUGGAACGUGAUAUUGCAAGGAUCGGCAGAAGAUUCGUAUCGAUCGCCUGGGUCAACUGACAAUGAAGUUUUGCAGCAUGAACGGCCCAAGUGAAUCGGAAGUUGAAAGCCUCUUGAUGAGCCCCUGCUGGGGACCGCCACAGAACAGCGGCCAGGAUCAGUAUCUGCUGGAUGGGCACAAGCUGCUACUCGAGCAUGACCUGGACUCCCUGCCCAGCGACGCGGAUCAGAAGAACUCGAUGGAUGUGCUGGACAAUCUGCUGCUCAAUGGCUCCUCGUUGAAUGCGCUGUCAGACCUGAAGCCGCUGCCCCCCUUCACCGGCUACACGGGCCACCUGUCCAUCAAUGGCAUCUCGGGCCAUCACUACCAUGCCAUUGCCCAGCGGCUGCCGGACGAGAGCAACAACAAUUACAUACAGAGCGCCUACCAGGCCAACCCCAAUGCCAAUCCCACAUCGACGACGGCCCAGAGCGGCCCCAACGGCGGUGGGGGGAGCGGCGGCGGCAGCAGCAACUCCUCCAACGAGCACAACAUAGUCUCCUCCUCCACCUGCCUGCCCGAGAGCGUGCUGAGCGGGGAUCCCUGCGCGGACGCCUGCCUGGCCGAUGUCAAGCUCUUUGCCGAUAGUCAAUUAGAUUCUAAGCUUUACUCCGUCGCCGACAGUUGUGUGAUGAGCGGGCCCGGCGGCGGAGGACCCGGUGGAGCGGGCUCGGGCUCGGGCUCGGGCGGCGGGGGACAGGGUAACGGGCCGAGCAUAGCCACAUUGACGCCGAUCGACCAGGUGGCCGACUCGCUGCAUGGCAGCGGGGUGCGCAUCUACAAGGACCUGACGGAGUACGUCGACAUGAACUCCAUCGAUGAUAUAGCGGCCAUCAUUGGAUCGGCGAUUGCGGACACGACGGUACCCAAUCAGCUGGACAAGGACGAUGGCAACGACACGCGGGACAGCUGGAUGGAUCUCGAUGCGUGGAUCGACGGCAACUGCAUCCAGCAGGAGGGCAAGGUGCUCGUCUCGCAGCAGGACUCGCUGGGCGACUUCAUGCUGCCCCACUCGCCACUGCCCAUGCACGCCAGCAGCUCCACGCUCCAGAGUCUGCUCAGCCAUGGCUACAUGCCGCUCCUGCAGAACCGCCUCCAGCACGGUCCCCCAGGUUCUGGGAACAACAACAACAACAACAACAAUAAUCACUCUCACAAUAACAACAACAACAACAACAACUCCUCCUCGGCGACCACGACAGGGACAUCGAAGGGGGAGGCGCCCACAUCUACCUCAUACUGCAAUGAACUGUCGGCGGCCACGAGCAGCAGCUGCAGUCCGCCCGGCUCCGUGGUGAGCACCACGGCAGACAACAGCCUGAUGAUCAAUCCCCGCUACCUGUCCAACCAAUCCCAGUCCAAUCCGAACGGAUCCAAUCCCCACCAACAGCAGGCCGCCUACCAGCUGUCCGCCUCCGGCAUGGGCUCCCUCAAUGGCCCCAAUUCGAUGAAGGACGGCGGACUCUGCUCGCCGGACAUGUUGGGCAACUAUCCGCACACGACGACGGCCACCACGACGGGCUCCGAGCUGCACGGACGGACGGGCACACCCAAGGCCAAGCGAUCGCGAGCCCAAAAGAAGUCCAGCCAACAGCACCAGCAGCAGCAGCAGCAGCAGCAUCAGCAGCAGGGGGACAGCAGUGGCAAUGGCCCCUCCACGCCGCAGAUGAGCGCCAUUUCGCCGUCGAGCGUGGGCAGCUUCAGUGCCAGCGAUCUGAGUGGACUGCUGGGCAAGGAGAAGCCCGUGCACCGGUGCAGCAUCUGCAAUCGGGGAUUCCUCAACAAGUCCAACAUCAAGGUGCAUCUGCGCACACACACCGGCGAGAAGCCCUUCCGGUGCGAUGUCUGCGCCAAGGCCUUCCGCCAGAAGGCGCACUUGCUCAAACAUCAACAGAUACAUAAGAGAAUUGGGCGUGACUGACCGAGGCGGCGGCAGGCUCCUCGACAUAUUUCUUGAUUCGCUGGACCAACAAGAGGCAGAGAGCACGCUCUGAGUGUCUGCAUCUGACCCCAGGGGCGGGGAGGGGCCCACUCCAAGGACAAGUCCAGUCAUCGCAUCGUCAGCAAUACGGGUUCUUCUUCUCGGGAUCCGGAUUGCUCGAUCGGUGACUGCUGCUCCUGGCCAAAGGCUUGCGCUCCCCGCUUCUGUGUGCGUGUGUGCCAUUGCUUAGUCGGGACAGUGACUGGAGUGGCAUCCCAUGGCACUCCGGCACCUUCCCACACACAGGCCGAGCAAUCUCAUACACACACUUUUUGAUAUUCGUUGUUGUUGGUUGCUUUUGAUCUCUAUUGCUUACACGUAGUCCGUACACAUAGUCGAAAUUAUCAGAAUAACAGCAUAAAUUGACAUCAGAUCAGCUAUAAAUAUAUACUCAGCAAAUU